AGAGAGAGAGAGAGAGAGAGAGAGGAGAGAGGCACGAGACUAGACUUUCUCAUUUGAAUCGAACAUUCACACACACACACACACACACACACACAUGCUUCCUUUGCAUUAUUUCUAAUACAGUGGCCUGAGUUCUACCAGCAGAAAGAGGAGGAAGGAAGGAAGGGGGGAGGGAGGGAAGUACAGCAGGAGAGAGGAGAGGGAGAGAUGAACUCUCUCAGGCUGAAGGAGUUGUCAAACUCAGACCUGUACAGGCGCAGACAGGAGAGACCAGACAGCUAUGGAAGUCUGGCCCGGGACAGCCUCAGCAAUAUGGCCAACGCCCUGGCCAAUGCCAUGUGUGAGCGCUGCAAGAGCGGCUUCGCCCCGGCGGAGAAGAUCGUCAACAGCAAUGGAGAGCUCUACCACGAGCAGUGCUUUGUGUGCGCCCAGUGCUUCCAGCAGUUUCCAGAGGGACUCUUCUAUGAGUUUGAAGGGAGGAAGUACUGUGAGCAUGACUUCCAGAUGCUGUUUGCCCCCUGUUGUCACCAGUGUGGUGAGUUCAUCAUUGGCCGUGUGAUCAAAGCCAUGAACAACAGUUGGCAUCCAGACUGCUUCUGCUGUGAUAUCUGCCAGGCCGUGUUGGCCGAUGUGGGAUUUGUUAAGAAUGCUGGCAGGCACCUGUGCCGUCCAUGCCAUAACAGAGAGAAGGCUCGGGGCCUCGGCAAGUACAUCUGUCAGAAGUGUCACGCCAUCAUCGAGGAGCAGCCUCUGCUUUUCAAAAACGAUCCGUACCACCCUGACCACUUCAACUGCAACAACUGCGGUAAGGAGUUGACUGCUGAUGCCAGGGAGCUGAAGGGCGAGCUCUACUGCCUGCCCUGCCACGACAAGAUGGGCGUUCCCAUCUGCGGGGCCUGUAGGAGACCCAUCGAGGGUCGUGUGGUCAACGCCAUGGGCAAGCAGUGGCAUGUGGAGCAUUUUGUGUGUGCUAAGUGUGAGAAACCCUUCCUGGGACACCGUCACUACGAACGCAAGGGCCUGGCCUACUGCGAGACCCACUACAACCAGCUGUUUGGAGAUGUUUGCUACCAUUGCAACCGUGUUAUUGAAGGCGACGUGGUGUCUGCCCUGAACAAAGCCUGGUGCGUCAACUGUUUUGCAUGCUCCACCUGCAACACCAAGCUCACCCUCAAGAACAAGUUUGUGGAGUUUGACAUGAAGCCGGUGUGUAAGAAGUGCUACGAGAAAUUCCCCCUGGAGCUGAAGAAGAGACUGAAGAAGCUGUCUGAAACUGUUGCCAGGAAGUAAACACACUGCUGCCUGGAUGGAGAGACAGAUUCGUGGAUAGAUGAGGUCUUGAGGUGGACAUGCUCAAAAGGACAUCCUGUAAGAAGUCACAUUUCCACAGCUGACGAUCACAUGAGACCUGUCUCAUGUUAUGGGGUUGCUAAAAUGCUUGUAUGGGCUGAUUAUUUGAACAAAUUUGUCUGCUUUGUCCUUUUGAUUAUGGCCACACAAUGAACCUGUCCAGUGCCUUUUUUGCCGAAAUACUGUAUAUCUUCCAAAUGCUUGCCUUAGUCACUGCUAUACUUAUUGAAAUCAAACAGUAACGGUCCUGUGUUUUAUAAAGCAGGAAAUUUCAAGAAAAUUAAAUAAUAAAGAAUGGGAAUUAUGAUAAUGACCUCAUAGUCAUGAUGCCAGGCUGUUAAGCUGUUUGCCAGCUCGUGGUGAUACCAAACAAUCAGUUUGCUGCCUGUGUUGUUACCGAUGCUCUAAGUAACAGAGCAAAGCCAAAGAUAAAACAUGACCGAUUUUUACUGAAUGUGUAUGGAAUAUCUCUCACGUGCUUUUGUUUUGCUUUGCUGGAUACUCAGCUCUGUUUUUUGUUAUGUUACGCAAAGUAAAUUUAUAUUCAGCUUUAUGAAGUGUACUGAUUUUUUUUUUUUUUUUUUUUUGGCAUAGUCCAUUUGUUCACAGUAUAUCUUUUCUAAUGCUACAAUAAUGGAAUCAGCAGUUUGUUGAAUUGUCUUGCUAUGUGCUAGCCACUGCAUGUGUGAAACAAGCUUUAUGGAAACUGGUACUUGCUUUUUUUUUUUUUUUUUUUUUUUUUUU